CGCUGUGAGGCACACUAAAACUCUUACCCAUGAUAAAACCACCUGGUGUUGCACACUGUGUUCUUCGAAGCUGUUACAAUGUUCCCCCGGGUGAUUUUGAAGGCAACUAUGAUCAAAAAGUCUCAGCAAAAGAAAAGAACAUCACCAUGUAACUACAAGGAGAGGUUUUUUGUAUUAGACACUCAAGACCUGAAAUACUCUGAACGUCGUCCGGGGAAAAAGCCAAUGCUGAAAGGUUGCAUCGAACUGUCCAGGAUUAAGUGUGUGGAGAUUGUGUUGAGUGAUGUCCCUAUACCAUGCAACUACAAGUACCCUUUUCAGGUCUUUCAUGACAAUUAUUACCUCUACAUCUUUGCCCCAGACAAUGACUGCCGUCAGAGAUGGGUUCGAGCUCUCAAAGGGGAGACGAAGCACAACAAUUUGGUCGCAAAGUUCCACCCAAACUUCUGGAUGGAGGGAAAAUGGAGAUGCUGCCAACAAACUGAGAAGCUGGCGACAGGCUGUCAACUCUACAACCCUGUGGGUUACGCUUCUAAAAAGCCUCUUCCCCAGCUACCGGAUCCAGAGAUGGGCCUGAAUGAUUCAGGAGAUCAGAUGGUCAUCGCUCUGCUAGACUACACGCCACUCAGAGAUGAUGAUUUGGCUCUUCAGAAAGAUCAGGAGUAUCGGCUCAUUAACAGCUGCCAUUCAGAUUGGUGGACUGUGCAGGAUGACAAGGGAAAUGCAGGCUAUGUGCCCAGCACAUACGUAGCUGAGAAAAAUGGCAAGAACUUUGAGCGAUUUGAAUGGUACAACAAACACGUUAGCAGAUGGGAUGCAGAGGAACUGUUAUUGAAAGAGGGAAAAGAAGGUGCAUUCAUGAUGCGGGACUCAAGACAGGCAGGAGUCUAUACAGUAUCAGUUUUCACCAAAGCUCCUGGAUCUAAUGGAGAGAAGAACCCUAGAGUGAAACAUUAUCAAAUAAGACAGACAGACACAGAGAAGAAAGCGUUUUACUUGGCGGAGAAGUACCUGUUUAGCACCAUUCCUGAGCUGAUCAAUUACCACCAACACAAUGCUGCCGGUCUGAUAACAAGACUGAGACACCCUGUCUCUAAAGGACAACGCAGCUCUCGGGAAAUUCCUGGUCCUUUAAAAGAUCAGUGGGAGAUAGACCCAGAAGAGCUGAUUCUGGGUCAGGAGAUCGGCAGUGGACAGUUUGGGCUCGUGCUGGAGGGGAAAUGGAAGGACACGAAGGUGGCAGUGAAGAUGGUUAGAGAGGAAUGCAUGUCAGAUGAGGACUUCAAAGAGGAGGCAAAGGUUAUGAUGAGGUUGUCUCACUGUAAGCUUGUGCAGUUGUAUGGCGUGUGCAAUCAGCGCUCCCCCAUGUGUCUGGUGUUCGAAUACAUGGAGAGUGGCUGUCUGUCAGACUACUUGCGGGACAGGAAAGGCCAGCUGUCUCUGGAUAUGAUGAUGGGAAUGUGCCUAGAUGUCAGCGAGGGGAUGGCUUACCUGGAGAGCUCCAACUUCCUGCACAGGGAUCUGGCUGCAAGGAACUGUCUUGUUUCGAAGAACAAUGAGGUGAAGGUGUCUGAUUUUGGCAUGACAAGGUUUGUUCUUGAUGAUCAGUACACAAGUUCCCAAGGCUCCAAGUUUCCUGUCAAGUGGUCAGCCCCAGAAGUCAUCAAGUACUCAAAGUUCAGCAGCAAGUCUGAUGUCUGGUCAUUUGGUGUACUCAUGUGGGAGAUUUACAAUGAGGGGCGUCUUCCCUACGAGAACCGUUCUAAUACAGAGGUUGUGGAGUCCCUAAACUCAGGCCUGAGGCUCCUGAAGCCCCGGUUGGCCCCUGACUCUGUGUAUUUGCUGAUGGAGUGGUGCUGGAAGGAGAAACCAGAAGAUCGCCCAACCUUUGCUCUUCUUCUGCAUGAACUGGCUGCCUUCUCCGACCUCUGAUCCAAGUGAAGAUUUGAAACAAUUUUAAACACAUUUAUGUUAUUUAUUUAUUUAUUUAGGCACUUGUUGCUAAAUAUUUUCCAAAUGUUUGUGAAGCAAAUGUACAUUCAUGGAUCAAAAGUGUUUUUUGGUUCAUUUAGCACUUUACUUUUAUUCUGAGAAGGCUAACAAAGUAAAUAAUAAACAAAGUUAAGAUAAUGUGAUAAUAUUGACAGUUUUUUACCUGAACAUGCAGGAUGGUUACUUUGAUUAAACAUUUGUUAAUAAAAAUAGCUCAACAUUAA